ACCCUCAUUUCGAGACUAGGGAUAUAAGCGGACCUUUCUGGCUUGAGAUUGUUAUUAGAGUCCAACUUUCACACGAUGAUAACCUUUGUCGUGUUAUUGGCUGUGGGAUUUGCCGCGGGUGUCCCGCGUGGUUCGCCGCAGAAGCCAUUAAUCAGGCCCGUAGGCCCACCACCUGUCGGGGGAAAAGGAACCACCCCAUUUGCACGUUUCCCAAGUGUACCAAAGAACGGGACGAUUGGCAUUGAAAAUGACCUGAUCCUAACUCCAGAACAACAUGCGAUGAUGUUCGAAACAGACGACAAUGGGAGGACGAAGAGGAAGGCCUGGAAGGGGGACAAAUUCAGAUGGACCCACAACACGAUGCCAUAUUACUUUAACGGAAACGACUACACCGAACACCAGAAGAAAGAGAUCCGAGAGGCCAUGGACGUCUACGAGGCAGAAACCUGUCUCAAGUUCAGACCAGCUACCUCAUCUGAUGUCAACAAAGUCCGCUUCAAACAGGGGCAAGGAUGCAACUCUCAACUCGGAAUGGUUGGUGGAUCCCAAGAUCUCAACCUGGACAGCGCUGGCUGCAGAUGGAAAGGUCUGUACUGGCACGAGAUCGGUCACGCUAUUGGUCUUGUACACGAACAUCAACUGCCAGAGAGGGAUCGGUUUAUAAAAAUCAAUUGGAACAACGUAAACCAAGCUUUUAAUGAUGCCUUCAGCACUUACAAGGACUCUGAGCUCGUGAGGUUCGGUAUUCCAUACGAUCUCUCCUCUGUCAUGCACUAUGAAGUUAAGGCUUUCAGUCAGACUGGUGGGCAGACGAUUAUACCACGUGACAGGUCGAAGGAGCCGUGGAUUGGUAAUGUUUGGAUCUCACAGAUGUCCUUCACCGAUGUUAUGAUCGUCAACAAAAUGUACAAGUGCGCUGAAAAAUGUCCCAAAAUUGAUUGCAAAGGUGGAUUCGUCAAUAAGGAAUGCAAGUGUGUUACACCAAAAUCCUAUUUUGAUUCCCACUGCAUUAACGAGCACCACGACGAGGCCGAGUGCUACGAGAGAGCCCACAAGGGAGACUGCGACAGGGACUAUGGCUUCAUGAACUUCAAGUGCAGGAAGGCCUGUAACAGGUGUGCGAUGUAUGGUAUGGACGAUCUCAUCAAGGGAAAGCCAGGUGAAUGCUUCAACCUGUAUUUCGAUGAUGCCAAAUGUGACGCAUGGGCCGCUGCGGGAGAUUGUGACAAAUACCCAUCUUGGAUGAAAAGGCAGUGCAAGAAAUCAUGUGGAACAUGCAAGAGUGACUGGGGUAAAUGCCUGAACAUGGAAUUUGACUACUCCUGUGAUGAUUGGGCUGAGAGAGGCGAAUGUGAGGCAAACCCGGAAUGGAUGAAGAACAAGUGCUCAGACUCCUGUAAAGUAUGUGGUUACAUCACCAGAGGCAAAUGUGAGAAUGAUCACCCGAAAGAGGAAGAGUGUUUAAAAUGGUCACGAGACGGACAGUGCGUUGAUGACGAUCUUACCAAAGCUUUCUGGAUGCGGAAGAACUGUGCUGCCUCGUGCAACUCAUGCGGAUUCGGGAAGGGUCAAUGCGAGAAUGAGUUGGACGACUUUGAAUGUGACAAGCUGGCAUACGAGGGAGGGUGUCAAACAGACCCAACCAAGGUACUCAAGCAAUGCAAGAAAUCAUGUAACAGCUGUGAUUACGGCGUAAGAGGUGACUGCGACAAUAUGUACGAGCUAAUGUACAACCGCGCUGAUGCAUGCAACUACUGGGCUGACCAAGGAAGCUGUGAUUUCAACACGGGAUUUAACAUCAUGAUGUGUGCUAGCUCCUGCAACAGGUGUGGCCAACCAGAAGACCUGGCCGCAAAUUGCCGCGACCUGCAGGAAGAAGAUAAAUGCAUAAAAUGGGUGCAGUCUGGUGAAUGCGACAGCAAUGCUGGUUUCAUGAAGUACAACUGUGCCAAGUCUUGUAAAUCAUGCCAUCUCUUAACGACAGACAAGAUCUGUGCCGAUACCUCCGGGAAGUACAUGUGUGACUUCUGGAACGCCAAAGGCGAAUGCGAGAACAACCCAUCGUGGAUGGAGCAAAACUGUCGGUUGACCUGUGGGAAGUGCAAGCCAGGAGAACGAGUUGUUGAAGAUCCAGGAUGGCCUAAAUGUGAUAACAUCAGUCCGGAUGCAUCGUGUGCUGAUUGGGCGUCACGUGGGGAAUGUAAGAACAACCAGGUCUGGAUGGAGCAUCACUGUAAUAAGGCGUGCCACAACAAGGAGUGUGGAGGCGACGUCGAUCUUACUGACCCAUGUGUCAAUAAACACGAGGACUGCGAGAUGUGGGCGAAGUCUGGCCAAUGCGAGCAGGGCGACUACAUGAAAAACAACUGUUACAAGGCUUGUAAUUCCAAUGAGUGCGGCGGUGGUGAUAGUGGCACAGAUGGCGGCACAGAUGGUGGCACAGAAGGCGAAACUAAAUUGUGCGAAGACAAACACGAGAACUGCGAAGAUUGGGCGAAAGGUGACCAGUGUAAUUUAGCGCCAGGCUACAUGAACCCCAACUGUUACAAGUCGUGUCACCCCGAGGAGUGCGGCGGCAGCACUGGUGGUGGAGGAGCUGAAUGUACCAGUAAUCAUGAAAACUGCAAGAUGUGGGCAGAGACAGGCCAGUGUGAGACAGGCGCCGAAUACAUGCUAAAGAAUUGCUACAAAUACUGCAGACCUGACGAAUGUGGUGGAGACACUAGCGGAGGUGGUAACUGCGUCGACGAGCGAUCCGAGUGCAAGGAUUGGUACGACUGGGGCCACUGCGAGCUCAACCCCACCGUCAAGAAGAACUGUCCCAAGUCAUGCGGCACAUGUUAGGGCAACGGUCUCAGAAUCUACGAUAAUUUGAUGGAUUUCAAUUAGAAUAAAAGCAUCAAACCUGUAUUUCCCACAAAUGUAGUCAUGUUCUUUUUUCGAAUAUUGGCGUAUUUGGAAAGGUUUCUGCUGUAAGGCACAAAUGAAAGCAGAUUAUUGUAAGAUCGUAACUUGAGGAACUGGUCCUCCGCUCGUUCAAAACACUUUACCCUCGUCCCAUCUGCUCGUUCUGUCCUGGGGACACCCGGUUUUACUGUGGGGCCCGUGUGGGCCGAAUUGGGCAGUAAACAAUCUUGACACUAGAGGUGCUGAUUUCGUUCCUUACAACGCCUCUAGUUGCCACCAUCUUGAAAAGCAGUACUGCGGAUAUA